AUGGAAGCUUCAAGGUGCUUUAGCUUUGUUUUGGCCGUUGGAUGGAUAACUAUUGGAUGUAUGAUCAUGAUCGGACGGCUGCCAUCUGCCUACGGUGCUGCUGGCUAUGGCUUCCAGCCAACUCCAUGGACUUCCGCUCACGCCACUUUUUACGGCGAUCAAACUGCCUCUGCAACAAUGGGAGGAGCUUGCGGUUAUGGAAACCUAUACAGCACCGGAUACGGAACAUCAACAGCCGCUCUAAGCUCGGUCAUGUUCAACAACGGCUACGCAUGUGGAGCAUGCUACGAAAUAAAAUGUGUUACAUCUCAAUCGUGUUAUUCCGGUUCAAUAAUUGUCACCGCAACAAAUCUUUGCCCACCAAAUUGGAACGAAGCAUCCAAUAACGGAGGUUGGUGCAAUCCACCUCUGUACCACUUCGACCUUUCUCAGCCAGCAUUUACGAAAAUAGCUCAAUCGAAAGCGGGGAUUGUACCCGUUAUGUAUAGGAGAGUUGCUUGUACGAGAAAGGGAGGAAUUAGGUUUCAAUUUCAAGGAAAUGGUUAUUGGUUGUUGGUUUACGUUAUGAACGUUGGUGGAGUUGGAGAUAUUUCGCUUAUGUCGGUUAAAGGUACGAAAACUGGUUGGAUAAGUAUGAGUCAUAAUUGGGGAGCUUCUUAUCAGGCGUUUGCGACGUUGAGUGGUCAAGCGCUUUCGUUCAUGGUUACAUCGUAUACAACGAAACAAACUACAAUUCUUAAUAAUGUCGCCCCUUCAAAUUGGAAUGCAGGCAUGACUUAUCAAGCAAAUCUUAAUUUCCAAUGA